CUCUUUAAAACUUUUUGAAAAGGACUAUGAAUGUGAGCUUGUAGUAAAUGAUGGAAUGUUUACACCAAACUACCCAUCGAGAAUCAUUAUUCCAGUAAAAGACAAAACCGCCAGUUCUGAAGAAUCUCGCAAGUCUUUUCAGGAAGAAAAUUUUGAAUACGAGAUGAAUAUUGACACUGCAGUUUUUAUAUUACUGUUCUUGAACAUAUAUUUUCUUUUCUCAAUGUUUAUGACAGACUUACAGCUAAUCUUGUUUGUAAACAAUGGCUUCACGUAACAAGUAGAAAACAUCAGCUUGAGGAUAUAUAUGUUGUAUUUGAAGAUGAUAGUAAAGAUAGAACGCAAAUUUUCAAUUCCACGACUCGUGAAUUUUCAUGCUUCAAAUUUGUCAAGCAAAACAUUGAUGCCCAUUAUAUAGAAUUUCUUAAGAAGUUUAUUACACGGAUUCAUUCUUUGUCAUUUGUUGAUUGUGUUUUGGAUAUUAAAGCAUUACAAUCUUCUGGUAAGUUAGGCAGCUGUACAAAUUUAAAAUGUCUCAUAAUUAUAGGAAGUAAAAUAUUUGACCUCUAUUCUUUUUCAUUUCCAAACCUUAGAAAACUAUAUGUUGACUCGGGUGCUUAUCUUACAGAUCAAAUUAUGCAGCAUUUGGAUAAUGCUAUGCCAAAGCUGAAAGUUUUAUCAUUGGCUAGCCAAAAAAUAAAUCCUAUUUUACCCACAGUGUUUUAUCAUGGUGGAAGCAAGUUUAAAAAAAAAAUCUUUCAAAACAUUUCUUUCUUAUCCAAUACUUAAGUUAUUUAUAUCAAAACGAGCUGAAACAAUUACAGUUUUAGAUAUGGAAGAACUUAAUCAGUUGUCUGCAUCAAAAUUUGUACACUUCUCCAAAAUAGAAAAUUUAAAGCUUCAGUUUAUGACAUUUGAAUGUGCAUUGAAUUGCAUAGACUAUUUACCAAAAUUUUGUAAAGAACUGCCUUACUUAACAUCUAUUAAUUUAGAUUUUAUAAAUACAUUAAAGGCUGAGCAUUUAAAAUUAGUUUGCUUAACGCUUUCAGAUCUUGAGGAAAUUAGUAUAAAAUGUUAUUCGCAUCUUAACACUUCUGCAAAGUAUAUCUUUCAAUUAAUAAAGCUCCAGUAUUUGGAUAUUUCAGGUUGUCAGUUUAAACCUAGAAUCCCUAUACAUUCGUACCACAUGUCUCCUUUUUAUAAAGCUAUUCAGAAAUCUAAAUUAGAUAAAUUAAAAGUUCUCCGAGGAUCUGGCAACAUAUUAGAAGAUAUCGUAAUGGAAUUUCUGCAAAAAGCUCCGUAUCUUGUCGAUCUUGAUUUAAGUAGCUGUUGUAUAGGAGAUCCAACUCUGAAAAUAAUAUCUAAACUUUUAAUCCAUCUUAAGUACUUAAACCUAGAAGACUGUUGUUUUAUAAGUCAUGGCGGAUUAAUAGGAAAAAUUCAGCUAAUCUGUACAACUUACGAAGAUAAAUAUACGAGUAAACCACUGUCAAAUACCAAAGGCCUUGAAAAGCUGAAUUUGAGUGGAUGUUUUCGAAUAACUGAUGCAAGUAUUAUUCAAGCAAUACAGUUUCAGUAUUUACAAGAAUUAUAUUUAGAAGGAUGUAAAAUAUCCGAUAGAGCAAUGCUUCGUAUGUAUCUAAACAAUCCAUGCUUACGAAAAGUGAUUCAUCCUAAUUACAGUUUGGUAAGUAUGUUAUAUAAAACUAAAUAAAAUAUAUAACUGUAUAAAAUUUUGUGCUAAAUAAAAAGUAUGAAUAAACUUCAAUAGAAAUAAAGAUUAACAUUAAGAGUGCCGUGCUGAUAAGUUAGCGAUGCUAAAUGCCAUAUAAUUUUAUCUCGAUGUGAGUUCUGAAGAGCACACGGAUGUUUGUAAAUGCAGUGCUUUUGCAGUGUGGGGACAUGUUAAAUAAUAUUGAGCCAAAAAAACCCUUGAUAGGUUGGCUAUAGAAUACCCAGAGGUUCACGCCUCUGGUGUUUUCUAUCAAAAUUUGAAGGAAGCUGUCAUUAGUCAUUUAAAAGUUAUCCAAAAGCCUGGAUUAAUGACAGCCACAACCCUCUGCCCUUUUUGUCAUGAAUCUGAUUUGGAUUAUACAUAGAUCAGAAUGAUUAUUCACUACUCAUUAAAAAUACAAGGAGAAAUCUUUUGUUUUCCCAAAUUUGAAUCUUGAAGGGUUUUAAAUCCUUUAUAUGAGAAUAAGAAGAAUUAAAAGAAAAAGGCGAAAACUUAUCCUUAAUACAAUAUUAAAAGCUUUGAUACUUAAAACAACCAUCUCGGUCAUUUGCUGAAAUCAGAAGAUUAAUUUCCAGAAUUGGCAAAUUUCUUAUUACAGUAUUGUAUCAUAUAAUAUGUAAUAUUUAAUGUGUCCAAUGCCAAAUUUUUGCAAUUAUAGUGUUGAUAUUGCACACAUUAAAUAUUGUAUGUAUUAAAGAUACUUUUCAAUUAUAUGGAGAAGUAUUUAUAAGUUAAAGCACUAUGUCCUCAAAAUUAGUUAUCUGACAACCCUCAUUGCUGCCAAAAUGUAUUUAUGAAGCAACUUGUUUUGAUUGUUGCACAAUGCAGAAGUUGUAUAGGUUGAGUUUGUGCAAUUCUCAGAUAUUAUUUUAAGUGAAAACGCAUUGGUAUGUGUUGAGAACAACAAUGGAAAACGGAUUUCUUGGAAAAUAUAAUUUUUUUUAUUAAUGAUGUUUCUUGCCUUUAAAAUUUUAUCGUGUGAUUGCUCUUGUGAGGAAUUCGUAGUGUGCUGCCAUUUUGAAAAUAGUUUGUGUGUGGGUGUGUGUGUGUGUGUGCGUGCGUGCAUUAGUUUGCCGAAAAGUUAAUCACUAGCAUAUUAACAAAUGUUCUCCAAAGUGAGCAGUGAGUUUGCAUCUUUUGAGUGAGUAUAUAAUUAAACUGAAUUAUAUAAUUAAAACUUGAAUCUAGAGGCUUAUUUCCACAACAGAAUUAUUACAUUAAUUUUUUCAAAUUUAUUUUCCAACAGCCUUUUAAAAAACAAAGCAAUUUUUUCAAGAGUUAACAUAAACUUUAAACAUUGGAUACUAAUAUUUCUUGACAAAAUUGAAAAAAUAAUAAUAAAAUAAAAAAAAGAUUAAUUUUAAGGACUUGUAAAAUUAAUAAGCACUGAACACUUUUAAGAUGUGAGGUAAUAUAUGGAAUGCAGAUAUACCGCUUGAAUAUCGAUAUGUUCCAGCAAUAUAUCAAUAUAUUUCAUUUUUUUUAAAGAAAAUGCUACUACUGUGAAUAGAUGAAACUAAUCUUCCAAAGUUUUAAGUUAAAAUAUUUUGAUGAUUUUGGGGGUUAAGAUUCAAGAUUUGACUGAAGAAAAAGUAUGAAGCUUUAUAAUUUUGCAAAUCUCAAAGUUUUUCGUGAUUCAUGAACUCAAAUGUCCCAUUCCCGAUUAAUAGCAACAAAUAUUUAAGAUCACGUAAAUUAAGGAACAUUCAUUAAGUGAUAUAUGUUGGUAAACAAAAAAUUGAUUUUGAGUAGCUAAUAUUGCUUGUAGUUUAUUCUAUUUAUGAUAAUAAAUAUAAAAUCAUUUCUUCACUUUUGAUUCACCAUAAUAAGUCAACAAAUAAAUAGUAAUUGUGUUAUUUGUAGAAUGUGUUGCUGGAAUCCAUGAGGUAAAAUUUUACAUUUAUAGUACGAAAUUCUGUUCUUGAUAGAACUAAGUUGAAAGAAUAGAGUAGAUUGAAACUUCAUUAAUUCUGGAUUUCAGAAAUUUCCAGAGGUACUACUGCAUUAUGCAUUCAACUGUGAGAAGAAUUACCAUGCAAAGUGCUUUGUUGCCAAAGUUGGUAACCCAGAAUUUUAUGAAAAUGUAUUUAUCCGUCAACCCACUAAUGGUUUAAGGCACAGGA